AUGUUUAUUUUAGCAUUAUUUUGUUUUGUUUCUUCACAAAUUAUUAUUGGAUAGUUACCAUCCAAUAUAAAUGAACAAUUGACAAUAAAAGUAGAUGCAAAAUCAAUUCGAAUUAGUUAUUGUUUGUCAUCAGAUUAAUAUAAAAAUGGACUUAAGAAAAGUGAAUUCAAUUAUCCUAAUCCUAAAACAUUCACUUAAUUAAAUCAUAAAUUAUUGCUUUAAUAUAUCACAAGUGAAAUUUUAAAUGAGAUGGAGCACAAAUCAGCUCUGUUUUAUCAUGAAAAUUGGAGAUGCAAAUAAUACACUAUUUAUGAUUAUUUUCUUGAAUAAUUCGAAAUUUCAAUUAAUAAUGCUAAGAAUAGAAUUCUCACAAUACUCAAAUAAGAGAAAUAAGAUUCAAGUGAAUUUAAAUGUAUUUAUACUAAUUUAUUAUAGAAAGUUAAGAUUGGACUUAUUAAUUACAACUUAAUUCAAAUAAUCAAUAAUAGUAGAUAUAAAUUAAUUAUAAAAAUUAAUCUAAUGGACCUAAAUAUCAUUAUUAAAGAAAAUUAAUUGGAGCUGGAUUACAUUAAUUUAUUGAAACUAAAAUUACUUUUGAUAAAUAGCCUAGUUAAAAUGUGGUUAUUGUAGAUGAAUUAGAUACUUUUACUUAUGUAGACAAAGAUGAAUUAGAUAAGUUACCUUAUGAGGCUAAAUUAAUGACAAUUGUAGAUAUAGAAAGACCUAAUGAGCUUUCCACAUAGCACAUAAUUUUAAGUAAACAUAAAGGGACAUAAGAAAUUACAUAUAUUAUGCCAUAUCAUUUUCGAUAUCAUUUGGCUUCAGAUACACAUUAUAAAACAUCAUAUGUUCCAAACAUUCCUAGAGUUUAUUUGGAAUCUUAAUAAGGUGAUUCUCUAAUUAAGUCAUUUUUCAAUGGUAACUAUUAAUAAGCCUAAAUAUCAACAUACGAAUAACAUCUAACAUAUUAAAUUCCAGUUGGAUACUUGCCUUAUAAAAAUGUAGUGGUUAUGAUAACAAUUGGUAUCACUCUUGGAUUGGCAUUGCAUAUAUCUAAUUUAAUAAGAAGAGAAAAAUAGUGA